AUGGCCCGAUCCACCGCCAAUAUCUUCGCCGCCGCUGCCAUCCUCAGCCUCAGCGCCCUCGCCAAUGCCGCCCCACUGGUCGCUCGUGGAACCCCCUCGACAAACGCCUACACCAACACAUCCGGCAUCGUGAGCAAUCCCUCUGCUCCCGCCGCCGUCAGUACGCCCAUCAGCACACCCAUCAGCGCCCCGGUCGCCCCCGCCGCGCCCUACAACAGCCAAGGCCAGCCCAUCGCCACCGUCUACCCGGACUUCACAUCUCAAUACAACAGCAAAACCGGAGCCGUCGACUUCCACACCUCGACCGGGCUCGUGUCGCGCAGCACCUCCAACGGCGGCGCCGACAUCACCACGCUAGUGACCUUCACGCUAGACGCACAGUACGCGUCGAACCAAUGCCAACUGGUGUUCGACCUGAACGCACCGGGCUCCAGCGUGAGCGGCUCGUCCAAAGCACAGCUCUUCACGUCGCUCGCGCCCGCCACGGCCGACAGCUCCAGCUGGCCGUCGGGCAACCUGCGCAACCAGAACCUCGGCGCCAUCGACGUCGUCGCCCACGGCCGCGCCACCUGGCAGCAGGGCUCCGGCCCCGGCGCCACCGCCGACGGCUUCUUCCCCUGCAGUGCCAUCACCGGCCAGAUCUACGGCGGCGAGAUCGUGCCCCAGGGCGACAAUGUCCAGAUCUCGUGGCCUGCUGGCCAGGAUGGUGUCAAGAUCCUCGUUUGGUAA